AUGGAGAACGCCCUACCUGGUGAGCGCGUGAAGGGGCGCGCGGAGCGCGGCCCGCCGGCCGCCGGUGAGCUGCCGCCACCGUCCCGCGGCGAGGGGAUGGUAGGCAUCAGGUCUGUCUUGCGACGGUUGACGCGCGUCGUGGCGAGUGCGGCAGCCGAUGCCCCGGACGGGCUGGACGACGCGCUGUACGCCGACUGGGACAUGACGGCGGGUGGCGGCGAGUCCGUCUCGUCGCCUACAGCAGAGCGUUGCGGUCAGGGCAACCGGCCAACGCGGCAGCGGGGCGACUGGCGUACGCGGCGGAGCGCGCCGGCCCUCAACAAACCCGCGCGCGUCACCUGA